AUGACGCUCUCCCGCUAUGUCUUCCCUUAUUUCAUGUCCACCACGACGUCUGCUUGCGCCUCCCUGCCAGAGAUGGCCACUACGACAAGCACUGAUGCGCCCUCAACAACGGAAUCGCCUGUGGCGACAACAGAGCAUCCGGGUAACAGUGAGACAGCUGAUCCGGUUGGUAUUGUUGUUUCAUUCUCCAUCGCUGUGUUCUGUGCCUUUAUUGCGUUGGCGGUCGUCUACUACUACUUUGGGAUAUACCGCGAGCGCAUGGCGGCGGAGAGGGAGGCGCUGGCUCACACAAGUGGUGGCGGCAGUGAUACUCAAGUCCCUCGCAUGAUUCACGUCAUUGAGGGAAUUCCGAUGUACUACUCCGAAGCUCCAGAGGCGCGACGUGGAUCAACUGAUGAGGAGGCGUCGCUACAGCGUCUGGCACAAGCCACCCCGGCAGUCAUUCCUCAAAGUGGCACGGCUCGCAUCACAUAUCAUGUGCGCUCGAGAGGCCAGACCCGAAGAAUCCGCGUGCGCACGUUGGAUGCCGACCCGCACGUCUUUAAUCCACUUGCUCUAUCAUCCAGCUCCGCUGAGGCGCGGGCUUGUGUGGGCCAUGUCGUAGCAACGGGCGAAGAGGAAGACGAGAGGGGGCAACAGCUCCUAGGCGGAAGGGAGAGAUGGAAUGGGCUUGAUUACGGGUCAGCACUGUACUACAGCCGCUCUGCCGAGGAGCACCAGCACAAGGAUGGCAGUGAAGGGGGCGACAGCGACGAGGACAUCGCCUUUCGCGAUGGUUCUGAGCAUUCAUCAUCAGUCGGGUAG